GGAAACCGGGUGAUACGCAGUAGUUACCGUACCGUACCGGCGACUUGUCCAAACCCAGCGAAUCGUCAAAUCUUCAAAUCUUCAUUUUUUUUAUUUUUUUUCCCUCUCUUUCUUUUUCUCUCUUUCUUUCCCUUUUUUCCUCUCUAUCUUUAUUAUAGAGGCUGUAUAUUAUUAUAGACAAAAGCAGAUCGUUUUUUCCCUGCGCAAUUGAGCCAAUCCCUUUCUUUUUAGAUUUUCAUAUUUGCUUUCUUUUCCCCUCCAACUUUUCCAAGAUUUCUCCGCCAGUUUCAAACUUUGCUGCUUGCUGGCUGUUCCUGUCCCGACAUUUCCCUGCCGCAAGCACAAACGGCCGCAACCCGUCCGCCCCCCGCCGCUAAGACCAGCGACAUCAUCAUCCAUCAUCAUGGUGCUAAUACCCUCCAACGCCGCCACUUCCACCGCCUCUGCCGCUGUGCGGUCUUUGUCAACUCUCUCCCACGUAUCUCGAUCGGCACAAUCAUCUAUAUUAUUUUCUUCUGUUGCGAGAUCAUCUCCUCUGUCCACUCUUAUUGCAUCGCGGUCCAAUGCGCGUAGAUCGAUAAGCGGCUUAUCUUCUUUACCAGCGCGGAUUCACAGGCGAACACACUAUCUGGAUCGUGCGGUUGUUUAUAAGAACAUUUCUGAGACUUUGGGAAAGAGAGGGUUUGCUACUACGGGCGCUCUGAUGGCUUCGAGAACUGAAACCGAUGCCUUUGGCGAAAUCCAGGUCCCCGCGGAUAAAUACUGGGGAGCCCAAACUCAACGGUCUCUGACCAAUUUCGAUAUCAACCAACCGCGAGACCGUAUGCCACCUCCCAUCGUACGGGCUUUCGGAAUCCUUAAGGGUGCUGCUGCGACUGUGAAUAUGAGAUAUGGACUUGAUCCUACUAUUGGCAAGGCGAUCCAACAGGCUGCUGCAGAAGUUGCAUCGCUUAAGCUUAUCGAUCAUUUCCCUCUUGUUGUUUGGCAAACCGGCUCUGGAACCCAGUCCAAUAUGAAUUCCAAUGAGGUCAUUUCGAACCGCGCCAUCGAGAUCUUGGGCGGCACCAUGGGCACCAAGAAACCCGUCCACCCCAACGACCAUGUCAACAUGUCCGCCUCAUCCAACGACACCUUCCCCACCGUUAUGCAUAUUGCUGCUGUUCUGGAACUCGAGGGAACUCUGCUUCCAUCCCUCACCAGCCUGCGCAACGCCCUCCAACAAAAAGUCGAGCAGUUCGACAAGAUCAUCAAAAUCGGACGAACCCACCUGCAGGACGCCACCCCUCUCACGCUGGGUCAGGAGUUUUCCGGCUACGUCGGCCAGCUUGACCGGGGAAUUGAGCGCGUUCAAAAUUCCAUCCCACACCUUCGAUAUCUCGCACAGGGGGGCACUGCGGUUGGCACCGGCCUGAACACCUUCAAGGGUUUCGACGAGGCCAUCGCAGAGGAAGUUACCAAGAUGACCGGCACGGAAUUCAAGACAGCCCCUAACAAAUUCGAAGUGCUCGCCGCCCACGACGCUAUCGUCGAGGCCUCAGGUGCCCUCAACACCCUCGCCUGCUCCCUCUUCAAGAUCGCGCAGGACAUCCGCUUCCUAGGCUCAGGCCCCCGCUGCGGCCUGGGUGAACUCAUGCUGCCGGAAAACGAACCCGGCUCCUCGAUCAUGCCUGGCAAGGUCAACCCGACCCAGUGCGAGGCGUUGACGAUGAUCUGCGCACAGGUGAUGGGUAACCAUGUAGCGGCGACGGUGGGGGGCAUGAGCGGCCAGUUCGAGCUCAAUGUUUUCAAGCCCGUCAUGAUCAACAAUCUGCUGCAUAGCAUCCGCAUCCUGGGUGACGGAAUGCGCUCCUUUGAGAAGAACUUGGUUGUGGGGAUUGAGGCGGAUGAGAAGCGGAUUUCAGCCCUGUUGCAUGAAAGUCUGAUGCUUGUCACCUGCCUGAACCCGGUGAUCGGAUACGACAUGGCUUCCGCAGUUGCCAAGAAUGCACACAAGAAGGGAUUGACGCUGAAGCAGAGCGCUAUGGAGCUGAAGGCUCUCACUGAGGAGGAAUUUGAUACCCAUGUCCGCCCUGAGCUGAUGAUUAGCCCCAAGGAGAGAAAGUAGGUGCUCAUAAAACUUUCUGUUCAUGGCAAGGUUAGUUCGUAGUUGCCUGAAGUCAGGAUAUGAUGUAGAAGUAUAUAUAGUAGGGCAGAUUGAGCAGGCAGAGCCAGUCAACAAGCAGAAUAGUGAAAGUGUGAGCAUGUAGCGAUGAUGGAAACUGUGAAUAUUAGGGGGAAUGAAAGAAUAAUAAACCAGCACGUUACCAGCUCCAGUAUCCGGCUUUAGGCGUACACCCAACAGGAUGGCAAGAGGUAAUAGCCAGUUUUAACUCGACAUAUUUUAUAGCCCCCGAUUUCUUCGAGUCGGAUCAAGCGAUGUAAAACUGUCACUUCCUGUUUGUCAAAGUAACUAAUCAGGGCGUAUUGAUGUCGCGCUCUGCUGCCCCUGCUGCAUUUUGGCUUCAUCCAAGUUGCUAGUGAAUGAGAAUGCUUUACAGAAUCCUUCUCCAUAAUCAUAAACCAUGCGAGCUAUGAUGUUAUA